CGUCGGUUCCGGCUGCGCCCAGGCUCCUGGUCAGGUGGCGAGGGCCAGCGCGCUCCCUGUGGGCCCAAGGCCCCGCCUCCGUCCGUCAGUCCUCUAGGCCAUCCGCGCAGGUGCCGAGAGGGGGAGCCGGAACCGCCUGCCCCGGGUCUGGGGGUCCCUCUGCCACUGCAAGGCGCGACGGCGGGAGAAGGCGUGGCCUGCGGACCAGAGGCUGGGCCCGUUGGGAGGCGGGGCUGCGCGAGGUAGGCGGGGCCCUAACGGGGCGCCUUGGUCCUGCCGCGUGGAAUUGCACGCGGGCGCGGGACCUCCAAGAGUUCCUGGAGCAGGGUUCUGUGCACCUGCCGCGUGUGUGUGUGUCUGUCUGUCUGUCCCCGUCUUGCCUAGAAGGGCUCAGUAGGCUGUGGGGGCCAUCUUUUGGAGGAGGCUCGAGGUGGCUGAGUUGUGCGAUCAUGAAAGUCAAGGUCAUUUCCGUGCUUGAGGACAACUACAUGUACCUGGUCAUCGAAGAGCACACGCGGGAGGCGGUGGCCGUGGACGUGGCAGUGCCCAAGAGGCUGCUGGAGAUCGCAGGCAGGGAGGGGGUGACCCUGACCACGGUGCUGACCACCCACCACCACUGGGACCACGCUCGGGGGAAUGUGGAGCUGGCACGGCUGCGACCGGGUAUGGCGGUGAUGGGCGGGGACGAACGCAUCUGCGGGCUGACCCGCAUGCUGGCACACGGCGAGGAGCUACGGUUUGGGGCCAUCCAUGUGCGCUGCCUUCUGACGCCUGGCCACACCUCUGGCCACAUGAGCUACUUCCUUUGGGAGGAUGAAAGCCUGGAUCCACCUGCCCUCUUCUCGGGGGAUGCGCUGUCCGUGGCUGGCUGUGGCUGGCGCUUGGAAGGCACUGCCCAGCAGAUGUACCAGAGUUUGGCAGAGACCCUUGGCACACUGCCCCCGCAGACGAAGGUGUUCUGUGGCCACGAGCACACGCUGCGCAACCUGGAGUUUGCACACACAGUGGAGCCGCACAAUGACCAUGUGAAAGCCAAACUGUCCUGGGCCCAGAAAAGGGAUGAGGAUGAUGUGCCCACUGUGCCGUCCACCCUGGGCGAGGAGCUGCUGUACAACCCUUUCCUGAGGGUGGUCCCUCCCCCACAGAGAAGAGGCGGUGCGCAAGUUCACAGGUCAGGCGGCCCCGGCCGAGGUCCUGGAGGUGCUGUGCAGGGAGCGGGCUCGCUUCCAGCAGGCCAUGGAGCCACUGCAGCCACAGGCACGGGCUCUGCUUGCACUGCAGUGGGGGCUCCUGGGCCCCCACAAGUGAGCUGCACAGGGCCCACUCGACCCCACGCUGCUCCUCCCACAAGCCCCAGGCCGCCUGGACCCAUGCAAGGGUGGCCCUGGGACACACCUCCAAUGCCCUGCCUGGCUGGACGCCCACCCUGGAGGGUCAGCAAAUGGUACUCUCCUCCACUGCUCUCGGAGAUGGACACGCGGGCCUCGUGUAGCCACACCUGCUGUCCAAGCUCUGCCUGGGCUCUGAACAGUGAAUAAAGCUUUGAAAGGCCUUUCUGUGCACAGACACUCCAAGACAGCAGCUGUUUCC